AGAGGGAAAAAGAAAAGAAAAAAAAGAAGGGGGGAAGAAAGAAAUGGUGAGGCCCGCACUGCUACGGUCUCGCUCCUCCCCUCCCACUCCGUCGUGGCCGGCAGCGGGAGCAGCCGCUGCCUCCUCCGCCGCCGCCGCCGCCGCCGCGCGCGCCUCCGCGAAUCCUCUUCCUCCUCCUCUCUCCUCGCCGCCGCCCAGGCCCAGCCGCAGGAGCAUGGCCAGCGCCGGCGUCGGACGCGGCCGGGUCCGCGUCGCGGUCGUCGGCGACGUGCAUAAUGAUUGGACCCUUGAGGAAGACUCAAAAGCCCUACAUUUUCUCCAGCCAGAUUUGGUACUUUUUACAGGUGAUUAUGGCAACGAGAAUGUUCAACUUGUUAAAAGCAUUUCAGAUCUUCAGCUCCCCAAAGCAGCUAUUCUUGGGAAUCAUGACUGUUGGCACACGUAUCAGUUUUCAGAGAAGAAGGUAGAUCGUGUCCAGCUUCAGCUAGAGAGCCUUGGUGAGCAGCAUGUUGGGUACAAAUGUUUGGAUUUUCCAACAAUAAAGCUGAGUGUUGUUGGUGGACGACCAUUUUCCUGCGGGGGUAAUAGGAUAUUUAGACCAAAGCUUCUGUCAAAAUGGUAUGGUGUCAAUGAUAUGGCUGAAAGUGCAAAGAGGAUAUAUGAUGCUGCUACAAAUGCACCAAAGGAGCAUGCUGUCAUAUUACUGGCACACAAUGGGCCAACAGGUCUAGGCUCAAGAAUGGAGGAUAUUUGUGGGCGGGAUUGGGUUGCUGGUGGUGGUGAUCAUGGUGAUCCAGAUCUGGAGCAAGCCAUAUCUGAUCUGCAAAGAGAAACCGGAGUUUCGAUACCGCUGGUCGUGUUCGGUCACAUGCACAAGAGCCUCGCCUACGGGAGAGGCCUUCGGAAGAUGAUUGCCUUUGGAGCUAACCGGACUAUAUAUCUGAACGGCGCCGUUGUGCCUAGAGUGAAUCAUGCGCAAUCAAGCAGGCAGCCUGCAAUCUCCACAAGCGAAAAGACUGGGCUCGAAGGAUUAACAGGACUGAUGGUUCCGACAUCGCGGGCGUUCACCAUUGUUGAUCUCUUUGAAGGCGCCGUUGAGAAAAUCUCCGAGGUCUGGGUGACGGUGGGUGAUGCCAGGACGGAGCUUGAGCAGGAAUUAGUCUUGUACAAGCAACCACGUGAGCACAUAUGACUUCCACAAACUGGUACCGAAACUAAGUACUCCGUACAUGAAUGUAAAUGUGAUACUAGUAUGAUCCGAAUUUCGCAAUACAGAGAAGUACAAAACGCACUGUCAAAAUGUCCGUGGAGUGAAGUAAUGCAAUGUAAAUUCGCUGAUGGUUUGCCUGCACCAGCACCUCCCUAUGUAAUCAUGUUCUUUGCUCACUAAAUUCUAACACCAAGGUUUUCUGUCA